AGAGAUGUUGAACUGACCAACAGCUAUGUUUCUGUAAACAAGCUCAGAGUUUUUCAAUAUACUUACUGCACAGGUACGUUGAAGAGCUACGCACAAAAGUGACCCUUAGGUGCAGAUAAUCUUAAUGCCAGCAUUAUGGGACAUCAGGUGAUAAUAUUUGACUUUUCAGCCAUAAGAGGUUUAUGGGAGAUUCGAGUGAAGAAGCACAAAGAAAAACAGAAACAGGAAAAAGAACGAAUAGCUCACAGUGCGUUAGAGAAGAUAAGGCAAGAAUGGGAUAUUAUGCUAGACUGCAGAAGAAAAGGCAUUCCACAGACUGCAUAUUUGAAUAAUGGUUUCAUAGAUACUAACAGCAUUUUAGAUAAACUUGAAAAGAACUCACCACUGAUUAAGAAGAUUGCCUUGCUGAAUGACAAAGAAAGGAGCAAAUUUAUUUUUCAACUUUCAGGCGAACACUGGAUGGAGUUACCCGAUUGGCUGAAAGAGAAAACAUACCUAAAAGAAUGGCACAUAAACAACACUAAGAUCUCAAGCAUUCCAAGUUACAUUGCCUUGUUUCAGUCACUGAAAAUUCUCGAAUUAUCCAGUAAUCAGAUUACAGACCUCCCCGUUGAAAUUGGUUGUUUAAAAAACCUAAAAGAGCUGAAUGUAAGUUUUAACCAUUUGAAGACUAUCCCUCCAGAACUGGGAAACUGCGAGAAUCUUGAAAAACUUGAUUUGUCUGGAAAUUUAGAACUAAUGGACCUUCCAUUUGAACUAAGCAAUUUGAAACAAGUGAGCUUUGUAGAUGUAUCAACAAACAAAUUCUUUUCAAUCCCAAUAUGUGUACUCCGGAUGUCAAAUCUCCAGUGGCUUGAUAUAAGUAAUAACAGUCUGAGAGAUCUCCCACAAGACAUAGACAGGCUAGAGAAGUUACAAACUCUUCUUCUGCAGAAGAAUAAGCUGACCUACCUUCCACAAGCCUUGGUCAAUUUGCCAAAACUCAGUUUAUUGGUUGUGAGUAGUGAAAAUUUGGUUCAGAUGCCCACAGCCAUCUGUAACUCUUCCACUGGCUUAAAAUUUAUAAGCCUCAAGGAUAACCCUCUUGAAACAACAUUUCAGGAGAUUCAAGAAAUAACAGAAAGUGACCGCGAUCGUGAACUCUUUGAAAAAGAAUUUAUGAGAGCCUACAUUAUGGAUAUACAAGAGAGAGAGAUUGUUCCUUGCUAUACCACAAAAGUAUCGCUUAGCAUCCAAAUAUGAACAGUGGAAUUUCUAUAAACAGGAACUCUAUAAAGACUCACUUCUGCCAGAUGAAUUAGAAACCAUCCUCAGCAUACAAUAACAACAAAAGCUCUUUUUAAGAAGAAAAGAAUAAGCUAUCAAUAAUAACAUUGAUGCAUAAUGGAAGAUUUAAAUGAUUGGGUGAGCAUAUGAUAGUUGCAAUCAUAUGUAACCAUGACUGCAUUCACUUUGCAAAAUGUUUCUGUUAUGAAAAAAAGGAUGUGAUUAUACUUAUAUACUUAUAUGAAAAAAGUAGAAAGAUUUAGGUUAUAAGGCUUGUGUUGUAAUGUUUUUUUUUUCAGAUGAAACAAUAAACAUUUUGAUUUUUUCUUAUCCCAUCAUCAGGGAUAGUCAUUUGAGCCCUGUGAUCCACUGGAGAAUGAUCAGAAUCAAGGUGCAAUUAACUGUGCUACUCUAUGCAUGUUUACUCAGUUUCUACUCCGCACAGCUCACUGCCAGGGAAGUAAACCUAUUUUCUGAAUUCAUUACAUUUACUGUAGAUUCGAUCUUUCACCUUGGAGUUAAAAAUGGUUGCAGGGAUGGGUAAUUGGAUCUAUACCACCUUGUGAGACAGAUCCAUCUGACACAUAGAGAUUAGUCUAAAGUUACCCACUGAUCUUCAUGGAAUGUAGAUCUCAAUCUCACCCUAUUUGCGUUUCAACAACUUAAUUACAUUUUUAGAUGGGAUGAAAGAUUUACAAAUAAACAUAUUUUACAAACUUUAUUUGCAGAGGGUUUUUUUUUUUACAUAUUUUACAGUGGUUGCCCAGGGAUUGUUUAGGUAGCCUGACAGGAUGAUGAUCAACUUGAUACACUGCAGUUAUAUUUCUGAAACCACUUCCUAAAAUACAUUUCCCUCUGACUUCCUUUUGAAUGGGAGUCUCAGACAAAGCUAUUGCUUAUUUUCUGAGUUGUGUAAUGGCACAUAAGAAAAAAAAAUGAAAUGAUUGCUCAUAGUUAACUUGUUUACUUUAUUUUUUCGAAGCUUUUUUUUCCAUUGUGACCUUAGACUUGAAAUAAUUGCUAGUAAUAAAUUGCCAUACCGAAUCAAUUAUGGUGGCUCUAUUUUUUUCUUUUUUCAACAGUUUGCACUUUCAUUAGAGGCCACCAGAACUUUAAUUCAGAGCUGGAGGGCUACAAAAUGAUAGUCAUAGCAAAGACAGAGGAAACUUCUUCGCUGCCACCCAGUGUCUGCCUGGAUUUUUGCAGUGCUGAUGUGAUAGCUCUAUUCAUUAUCAUCCCUUCCAUAUGUAAUAAUAUUUUAAACUCAAGUGAUUUUAAGAGCACCCCUUAAUGAUAGGCAUGGAGGCAUGGUUAAAGAUGAUGAGCUUGUUAGCUGGAAGGCUAGCAGCCUGGGUUCGAGAUCCAAGCGCUGCGCAAUGGGAUGAGCUCCCGUUACUUGCCCCAGCUCCUGCUCACCCAGGAGUUUUGAGAUAUGCAAAUGUGAGUAGAUAAAUAGGUAUCACUUCAAUGGCAAGGUUAACAGCAUUCUAUGUACUUUGGCAUAUAGUCAUGCUGGUCACAUGACCAUGGAAAUUGUCUUUGGACAACACUGGCUCCUUUAGCUAAGAAAUGAGAUGAACACCGUCCCUUGGAGUCAGAAAUGACUGGCUAGGGGAAACUUUUAAAUUUACCUUUACAGUAGUCAUUGAUCUGAUAUCUGUAAAUUAAAAUAAAGCCUUCAUACAAAGCAACAGUGAGAUGGAUUUGCAAAGAAUGUAUGAUUUUCUGCUUUAAUUUCUUACAGGAAAACAUCUUUUAAACUGUUGAAACCUGUUGAAACUAUUUUUUAAAUUCCCAGUUUGCUUAGGAAAUUUCAGCCAGUCAAAAUCUGUUAUUUGGAGGUGGGUUUUAAAAAAAACAUUUAUAAGAAGUUACAUAAAAACAAAGAACUUAAAUUUUCUAGUAAUCAGUAAAAGACCUUAUGUGUUUUAUCUUACAUAGUAAAUUUUUCUAUUUGUCAUUGUUAAUAAAGUUUGCUUACAAAGAUAUUCAUAGAUACAUAGCUGAUUUACAUAAAAUGAAAACAUCGGCAAUCUUUAGGAUGAUAAGAAUUUAUCUUGACAGACACUCAUUUGGAAAGAUACCAUAAAACUUUAGAUGCAUAAAAAGAGCUAGACAUGUUUCAGCGGCUCAAAGUUAGAAGAAUAUUUAAGAACUAAGCACUUUCAUUAAUAUUUGUAACAUUAUUAUUUGUUGGUUAUUAACAGUUUUGAUCUUGUGCAUAAGACAUAAUUGUGUUUAUUUUUAUUUGAAAAAAUUACUUGUUUUGUAGUAUGUCAUUUUUGUUGGUUUAGUGCACAUUAAACUUGUAAAAUAAUUUUGUUUUGCAUAAUCCCUUUUUCCAUUCAAUAAAUACUCUAUA